CAUUUGAAAUUCUAUUUCUACGGGCAUACUACAUGUGUUCUGUACUUGUGGGUUCAGAUCUGGGGUUUUCUGGUCCUAGAAAUGGCGGAGAAGGUGACGACAAUGGUGCUGAAGGUCGACCUGCAGUGCUGUCGCUGCUACAAGAAGGUCAAGAAAGUACUCUGUAAAUUCCCUCAAAUACGAGACCAGAUAUACGACGAGAAGGCCAACACGGUGACAAUCACGGUGGUAUGCUGCUCUCCAGAGAAGAUCAGGGACAAGAUAUGCUGCAAGGGUGGUAGAUCCAUCAAGAGUAUUGAGAUCAAACCACCUCCAAAACCCAAGGAGACUGAGAAGAAACCCGAAAAGGCUAACGAACCGGAGAAGAAAAAACCUGAACCUGAAAAGCCUAAAGAACCCGAGAAGAAAUCUGAAAAGCCCAAGGAGCCUGAGAAGAAACCUGAAAAGCCUAAAGAACCUGAAAAGAAACCUGAGAAGCCGAAAGAGCCCGAAAAGAAGCCAGAGAAACCAAAAGAACAGGAAAAAUCACCGCCAAUGGCCUAUCCGCCGAUUGGAUUUUGUUGCACGGAUUGUUAUCAUGGACAUGGUGGAGGCCCUUGCCACUUUGGUGGACCACCCCCACGCCCAUGUUAUGUGACCUAUGGUAGGCCGGUUUGUGAUAGCUGGGGCUGCCGCGGCGCCGGCUACAGUUACUGUUUUACCGAAGAAAACCCGCAAGGUUGCUCAACCAUGUAACGUGAUACAUGUUAAUGAGCGCAUCGUCAAUUCAUGACAUCACUGAUAAUCAUCUUCUAGUUGUCUCCGUUGAAUAUUCAGUCACUUUUAAUUGCAUGUGAAUUUGUUUUUUUUUUUUUUGUUUGAGUAUAUAAAGGUUUUUACAGCUCGUACGAAAAAGAUUAAUAAAGGUUGGUGGUGGAAUUGGUGGAGUCUUUAAUAAUUAAUAAAAAAAAAGUUAAAAGUCUCUAUUGUAUAGAUGAUUUGCUUUU